AUGCUGGACUACACGGCCAGUUUGGAAGAAAUCUCGUGGCGUGUUGAAGAAUUGCAAGAAGACGACAAAGCUCCAUUAAAGAAAGCUGGACAGGGAAUGACAGUGCCGUUCAAUUACAUCGUCGUUCUGAAGGAAGGAUAUCUUCGUAUGGCAGUUGAUGAUAUAAUUCAAAAUGUAUUCAACUUCUGUGAAGCUCAUGAACUAGUGUGCGUUUCGGAAUACCAGUACUAUACGGUUUUCAGUGGGUUUCACAUGGAGAUGCCGAAUAUCGUGAUGGAAAUGAUUCGGCAAUUGAAAGAGGUGUCUUUUGUUGAAGAAGACCAAAUUUUUCAACUGGAGUACGCAUCAGACGAAGACGUCAACGAUCUUGAAGCCACCGUGGAAGUUGACGAUGACGAAGGCGAUGGGAAUAAGGAAGCACUACAAGAAGAGCUGUUGGACGAGGACCGGAAGAAGGGAGUGCCACCCAAGAAGCGAGAAACCAGAAGAGAGAGAAGAGAAAGGCUGGAAGCAGAAAUGACGGCUGAACAAAGACUAGAGUUACGUAAACAGCGACGAUUGAUGGAACUUGAUGGGAUCAGAAUAGAAGCAUUCAACGCUAGGAACAGGACUGUGGUGUGGAAUCUUGAUAGGCUUGACCAACGUAUUUUACCUACCGAUGAUAAAUAUGAGCCUGCCGGUACCGGUGAGGGCGCCCAUAUAUACAGCAUAGGGACUGGUAUACGUUUAAGUCAUAAGGAAUUCGAAGGAAGAGCAUCCAUGUUUUUUGAUCUUCAUGCGGACGAGGAACAUCCUGACUGUCAUGGUCACGGUACUCAAGUCGCAGGCAUCGCUGGAGGCAAGAAGUAUGGUGUUGCUAAGAAGGUAUCUCUACUAGCCGUGCGUGUUUUCACAUGUGGUGGUUACUCACAAACAAAACACAUAAUGGCCGGUUUUGAUUACAUCGCCGAGCAUGGAAAGAAGGGUCCCAUACAGAUGCCGUUCCUUGGCGCAAGAUCAAACGUCACCGAUUUAGGAGUAAACAACUUGUUUAAAUUAGGAUUUCUCUCUAUAGCGCCCGCUGGAAACAACCAGGGAAAUGGAUGCUUCCUAUCGCCGUGCAGAUCAGCGGGGGGUCUUUGUGUUGCUGGGUUACGGGACGAUUUCCAGGAUGAGCGUGUGCAUUAUUCAAAUCACGGUCCUUGUGUUGAUAUCUUCGCACCCGGCGGUUAUUGUGAAGCCGCCUACCACACACACGACGACAUCAUUCGGCGAUGGGCUGGCACUUCCUUUAGUGUCCCUCACGUAGCAGGUGUCGCAGCGAUAAUUUGGGGCAACGAACCGGACCUGACCGCAGCUGAGGUCAGACAGAGGAUUCUGGACGACGCCAGUGAAGUGCCGUUGAGAUUCGCAUUGGAUUCACCACAAUUGAUUCUCUACACAUCAGCCAACCCACAACCACAGCACGAAUUCACCCCUGAAGAAGCUGAGUGUUACAGGGAAGGAUGUGAACAAUUUUUCCCGUUCCCAGAAGGCGUCGAGCUGCCCCCGCCAAUAGAGGAAGAAGAAUGA